GGCAGAGUGACGUCAUUUGUACCGACGCGGCUGUCCUUGUGCGCAUGCGCAGAGUCACAUCCACAGUGGACAUCUUGGAAUUAAAGGGGCUUCGAGAGAAUCCGGACAAAGCGACAGAUUCAGAUCCCGGCUGACCCGCUGCCGCUCUCCAGGGUGUGUGUGUGUGAGAGAGAGCGUGUGUUCCAGCAUGUCCACCAUGGUGUGUGUGCGUGAGGAGAAGCUGGAGAAGCUGUCGCAGGAGGAGAUCAUCUCCAACACUCGGCUGGUGGUGCAGGGGCUGGAGGCGCUGAAGAGCGAACACACCUCCAUCCUGCAGAGCCUGACGGAGACGCUCCGGUGCCUGAAGAAGGAGGAGGAGUCCAGCCUGGUGCAGGAGAAGACCAGCCUACUGCGCAGAUCUGUGGAGAUGAUCGAGCUGGGGCUGGGGGAGGCGCAGGUGAUGAUGGCUCUGUCGAAUCACCUGAACGCAGUGGAGUCGGAGAAGCAGAAGCUGCGUGCGCAGGUGCGUCGUCUGUGUCAGGAGAACCAGUGGCUGCGGGACGAGCUGGCCAACACACAGCAGAAGCUGCAGAGGAGCGAGCAGAGCGUCGCACAGCUGGAGGAGGACAAGAAACAGCUGGAGUUCAUGAACAUGCUGAAGAAAUACGACGAGGACGCCUCGCCUGCGGUCAGACAACACACACACACACACUCACUCAUACAUACCCUCACACACUGUUUAAAGUGAACACACACACACAGU